GAGAAGAUGCUUCAAGACAUGGAUGUUUGCAAGAACAUGAUUGUAAAACUUUUGCGGGAAUUACAAGAAUUUCAUUCGACAGCACCAAAUACCUGCGCUUCCAUAUAUGAGUCUAACACUCAAUCUCUAAUGGAUUGUCUUAUUAUCCAUAUGCCUAACAGGAUAGAAUGCAGAUUUUACAGCAUUUUGGACGACGGAAUGAAAUUUACAAUUGCCGUUCCGCCUGUUGCUUACUCUUUGGUGCCGGAUCUUAUCUGCUACGAGAAUAAUGUUGAUUUAUUUGUUGAUCGUCUUCCAACUGCCAAUACUAAAUUGUCGUCAGGGAUAUAUGAAAUAAAACAAUCAAAACCAUACGGUCUAGAGGUACUCUACUGCUUAGAAUUACCAAUACGUGGAUGCAAAGAGCACCAGUCUAUUUUGUGUAGCUUCGACAACGGCCAAAACUGGUCGAUCUUGACAUUAGAAAAGGUGCGGUAAUUCCAGAAUUUAGUUCUCUCAUUAAUU